AUGAAAGAGGCCGUCAGGUACCUCAAGGCUCUACUCACUGAGCCUGAACACUUCGAGUCACUCUUGGAGCUCACCAAGCGGCCUUUAGCCGCUUAUGUCUAUGUCAUCAGUCCCUCGCUCAUUUACCACCUCUACACCUCCUCCCCCAGCUUCAACGCUAACGCCCUAGGCCUACUAGCCCCAGAACAAGAGCUCUGCUUCAUUGCUCAACACAUCCACAGCCCCACAGCCCGGAACCUAGAUAGAGUCUUUUCAACUGGCGGAAAUUACCCUACCAGACUGCACACACUGCCAACACCCAAAGAAUAGGAGCACCUGAGUACCAUACAGGGCGCUACCCGUCUUUCAUGCCCCCUGGGAGGCUUUCAUAGGACGUUAAACAAUACAUACAUACAUACAUACACAAUACAACCUCAGUUCAAUCCU